AUGAAGCCACGACAGGAGACCCUAGACGAACAAAUAGAUGAACCCGAGCAGGACUCACCACAAACGAGCGACUACCUAGAUGCCGAAGACGGUUCACAAAAUUACAGCGAGAGAUACGAGAGUCUUGAUGAAGAAUUACCACAAGACGACCAAUUAGAGGAAGACGGAUACAACCCAGAUGAAUAUCUACCAGAGGAUCAAGACGACGAAUAUGAUCCCGAUGAGGAUGACGAACAACAUAUUCCAGAGGAGGAAGAAGACUACUCCGACCAGGAAGCUGACGAACAAGAUUCGGAUUACGAACGAUUCGAUAUCGCAGAGUACGAACAAGAUUACGUACCCAUAGAGGCGGAAGAAUACCUCGAAGAGGGUGAUGAAAUUGUGGAUACAACCACAAACCAGACACUGGAUAAUUCCCAAAUCUUAGAAUUGUCCAGCGAACACGAGCCAAUCGACGAAUAUUCGCAAGAAGAUCCUGACGAAUCUAAUACAGAAGAGUCAUCCGAGGAAGGACAUUUCACAGAAUACGAUCCCAGAGGAGGACUAUUCUUAGAUGAAAUACCGCGAUGGCAAGAAGAAGAAAACGACUAUAUUGUCGAGGAGCCACAAGACGGCGAUACAGAAGGCAGAAUCACAACGAUUCAACCACAAAACCGCAGUAUAGCGACACAGAGUCAACAAUUGACACAAUUAAUGGCAAAUUUGCCGAACCAACACGAGGAGACCUACCAGGACAACCGUGUUCAAGCCAGAAUGAAGGCAACAAGAUACUCCACCAGGGGCGGAACCAUACAUGCCACACUGGAAAGUGAAUAUCGCCUGUGCACAAUUACCAUCAAGGAAGAACCCACGGAACAAUUUAAUCUUCCGGAAUGUACUAUAACAUUAAUUCGCAGAAAAAUUGCGAUAAACGGCACAUAUAUCAACAAAAACAAUAAGAGACCACGAAAAGAGGUCGAAAUAUUGAAAUCAGGCACAAAAGUGGAUAAACAUACCACAAAAGAUGAGGAUAAUCACAUGGAAACCGCAAUAAGGACCAUGGAACCAAUUCCCACCGAGGAAGACCCGUCCAACCUGAAACAAAAAGAAAAAGUAAGGUUAGUCGAUAAAAACAAGCAAAAACACGAAACAGUGUUAAAUGAGACCUACACACUAAAGAAAAGUGAGGUAGACGCAUUAAAUGUAACAAACAUAGCGAAAGGUGAACAAAACCACGCAAAAACUACAUUACAAAUAAACCAAGUACAUGCAAACGCACCACAAGACAAAUUUUUUACGAGAAACGAACCAAGUUCCACAACAAUACAGGAACAAGUGCAAUCAAUAAGUAACAACAUUCAAAAUCUGCAAGACCAAUUGCAAAACUUGAUUGAUAAAGCUAAAAUAUAA